AUGUCGCCAGGAUACUACAGGAAAAAGGAGCGGGUUUCCACGUACGCUUUAGAAUUGAUCACCAAGUCUUAUCCCCAAUUUUCAACCGUUUUUAAAACAUUUUACGACGUAGUCGUCUUUUGGUUCGAGAUGCAUCAAUUGGAAUUCGUGAAAAAAACUGUAUGGUUAGUGAGCCUUUUGACGACCUUGACUUUUGUCAUCGCUGCAGAAACUGGAUCCGAGAGUGAUCUUUCCGAGAUUUCGAGUUCAUUCGAAUGCAUCCAGGAAGGAUAUCAUCCGGACCCUAACUCCUGCAGAACUUACUACAAGUGCAUAAAUUGGAAUAAUGGAGGUCCAUUCAUGAAAUUCCAGUUUGAAUGCGUAUCUGGAAGAGUCUUUUCAAAAGCCAGAUCUAUCUGCGUUAGUCCCUUUGAGGUUGAAAAUCCAAAGUGCAGUAACGCUGAAAGCGAAAUCGACCAUAAGACGAGACAAAACGAGGAUCUUUUCCAGCAAUUUCCUCAGAGAAACGGCCAAGUCUCUGUUCCGGAUGUCGAGGAAAUCUCUAUCCAACAAUACGACCAGCAAGAGUUUCCGGACAAUGUUAAAAACCAAGAACUAAGAACCGCCGUUAGGGAUGGUGAUGACGACCACGAAACUCCGGCUAAAUGCUCUAAAGAAGGUUUUCUCCGGGACGAAAAGGACUGUCGAAAAUUCUACAGAUGUGUAACCAGCAAUAUUGUUGGCGGUUUGAGAUUAUUGAGAUUUUCUUGCGGCCCAGGAACUGUCUGGGACCCAGAAAUCGAAGGAUGUAACCAUCCCUGGGCUGUGCCGCGGGAUUACUGCAUGAAAGAUGGAUUCGUUGAUGACUUGACUAACAAUGUUGAAGAGAAUGUCAACAAUAAUCCUGAGAAAAGUGAAGAAGACGCUGAAGAUUAUGAUAAACAUUGGGAUGAUGACGGAGUUCUGGAUUUUGUAAAAAACCCAGCAGAUAAAUGGUACAAUCCGGAUUUCUGGAACGCAAGUGAUUACAAUGGUAACGAGGACAACAAUGUGGAAGAGACUAGAAAUGGCAGGGAUAAUUUGGAUGUGAAUUCAGAUAAAAUGGGAGUCGGUGAUGUUUCCGAAGACUUGAAGGACUCUGAGAAAGAAAUUUAUGGAGCUGAUGCGGAGAAACUUGCAACAUCUUUUAGCACUUAUCCCGCGAAAGAGUCAAUUGCAUCAGCAAUGGGCUCAGAGACUUAUCUCCCUCCUUCUUCAAGAACUGCGGCAGAUUGGAAAGCUCCUGGAAGUGUUAUAAAGCUUUAUGUUCCUCCUAGUAACUCGAUUACGAAGAUAACCAGCGAAGCAACAACGUAUUUAUCGACGCAACAGGAUUUGAUGACUCCUGGAAGUGUUACAAAAUUUCAGCUUUCUCCCAGGAAUUUACCCACAGAAAUGCCGAAUAAAUCAGCUUCGAUUUCAGGAAAAUAUCUUCCUCCAGAUUCAAUGAGUGAAACAAAUUCAAUUGUUCCUACGAAUGUUACGAAAUUAUACUCUCCAUCCAGUGAGCCAACAAAAGCAUCAAAUGAACCGAUACUCAAUUCAGGAAAAUAUCUUCCUCCGGGCUCAACAACGCUAUCAGGUUUAACUACUCCCGAAGACAUCAAAAAAUUAUAUUCAGCUCCCACCAUUUUGCCUACAAACACAUCAAAUAAGCCAGCAACAUAUCUUCCACCAUAUUCGGUGGCACACGAAGGUUCAUCAACUCCUGGAAAUAUCGUAAAAGGAAAUACAUCCAUUAGUAACUCUUCAGGAAACGUGGUGAAUGAAUCGCCAAUAAGUUCGUUUACAUAUCUGCCACCUACUCACGUAAUAAAUCUUAAGAAACCAGCAACAACACAACCGCCAUCAACGUUUCGUGAAUCAACGCUUUCAAUGCAAACUGCAAAUGAUUCCAAACUGAAUGACUCAACAACGUUUCAGAAAACGUUAAACAUUUCAGGAUACCCAUUUUCGGCAACGUAUUUACCUCCAGAAGGAAAAUCUUUAUACCUAGAAAAUCCGGGACUUUUGUCCAAAGCUGACAAUUCUCAGUCGGAAACGAAUCUGCAACAAUCUGAAACAGUCGGAUGCACUUCGGAAGGAUUUCAUCCAAACCCGGAAGACUGUCGAAAAUUUUAUCGCUGCGUGAAGGAGAAUUCAGGAUUUCGAAAAGUCGAGUUUAGUUGUGGUCCCGGAACCGCUUGGGACCAGAAUUUACAGACCUGCGAUUAUAUCAAACAAGUGUCCUCUUGCAAACAAGGAAAUAAUGACAGCGAAGUGAACAUUCCACAGGAAGGAACACCGUCUUCAACAGUUGCUGAAGAUUCAUCUCCAACAACAGUAGCCGAUGAUUCACCAACAACGAUUGCCGAUAAUUCAUCCUCAACGUUAAACGAUACCAUGAUAAGUUCGCCUACAUCCUUGGAAAACGUGAAUACCUCAGAGAACGAAGAGAUGUCUGAAGUUACAGAGUCAGAUAUUUCAUCAUCAUCAGCGAGUUCUGACAAUGGUAGCUCCGAAAGUUCAUCGUCGUCAACAAGUUCUGACGAUGGUAGCUCCGAAAGUUCAUCAUCAAGUUCUGACGAUGGUAGCUCUGAAAGUUCAUCUUCGUCUGGCAGUCUAGAUCCCAGUCCCAGUUACGAUGUGUCCAGCUCCGAAAGCUCAUCAUCGUCUGAAGGGGCUAAAGAAUGCGUGACAACAAAACCGAAGAAAGGAAUCAUUUGCAAUCGUCCGGGUUUUUAUCCACAUCCAACACGGUGUGAUAAGUUCUACCGCUGCGUUGAUAACGGAAAAGGAUUCAACGUUUACCACUUCAAUUGUCCUCCAGGAACUAUCUUCGAUCCCAGUAUCGAUGUUUGCAACUAUCCCGAAUCGGUGUAUCCGGAAAGAGAGUGUUCCGAAAUGAAUGAGUCUACUGCUGCAACUGCUGGAGACAACGAACCUGGAACUGACAGUUCUGGGACAACAAGUAGAGAAGAUAUCGUAGAAACAACGACAACCGGGGAUGAAGGUGACGAACCAAUCACUGAUGCAGAAAAUAUCGACACAACAACACUAGGAGAAGGGGAAAGUGUAACACCUACAAUAGGCGGAGACACAAAUAUCGAAACAACAACAAAUGGAGAUGAAAAUACUGAAGCAACAACAAACGGGGCAGAAACCGAGACAGCGAGCACGGAGAAAGAUAGCCAGAUGGAACAAACGACGGUGACGACGACAAAUAUGAAAGACAGCACAACAAGGCAUCCACAAGAAACUGAAGGAACAACGAUAGAAUACGAAGAGAUCAUCCAGUCGACGACAAGCGAAGGCGAAAUGAUACAGACAACGACUGUUGUAGAAGGAGCAACAGAAACAACUGAAGCAACGACAUCAUAUGGGGAAUCAAUUACAGAAACAACAACAAGCACCGAUGAGACAACGGAAUCGGUAGCGAAUACUGAAGAGGCAGUAGGAACUACAACAAGCAAAGAAGGAACGACCACAGAAGCGUCUUUCGAAACAACGGAUCAAGUUCCAUCAACAACGCCUCAAGUUCCAUCCACAAUGGAGCCCCAGGCCACUGAUCCCUGUCCUACGUCGAAUUUAACACAGGAACAGAUGUUAUUGGUAUGUCCUACGGGUUUCCGGCGACAUCCGAAACAUUGCAACCUAUUCUACCAAUGUACUUCUCCGAGUCCGACGGAUAUCAAAGUCGUUGUGUUGAGUUGUCCCGGGGACACGAUUUAUGACGAGCAGAAGGUGCAAUGUCUUCCGGAGAAUGAGGCAAGUCAGAAGUGCGAGGGCAAGAAACCUGGAGCGAGGUUUUACAGAAAAGUCCCUGCCGACUUUCUAGCGCAAGUAACGGUAACAACUGAGAUUCUUUGUCCCGGAGAAGGUCGCUACAAACACGAAGAUGAAGACUGCAGCAAAACGUAUUUCAAGUGCACAAACAAUACCAGAAGGGCUCUCGAAGGAUACAUUUACAGAUGUCCAACAGACUUCGUCUUUUCGUCAGUCUCUCGGAAGUGCGAAUAUUCUGCACACCUUCCGAAGUGCUUA